GCCCGGGGGGCGGCCUGCGCGCCGGGAGGAGGUGGGCGGUGAGAGUGGCCGGAGACCCGGCGUACAUUUCAGCAUCAAAACUACGAAAAAUAAGAAGGAAUGGCUGUGGAGGAACUUCAGUCCAUAAUAAAGAGAUGUCAAAUCCUAGAAGAGCAAGACUUCAAAGAAGAAGACUUUGGCCUGUUUCAGUUAGCAGGCCAAAGAUGCUUAGACGAAGGGCACAUAGAUCAGCUGUUCGAAAUUAUUCAAAAUGAGAAGAAUAAGGUCAUCGUUAAGAGCAUGGGCUGGAACCUUGUUGGUCCUGUCGUUCGAUGCCUUUUAUGGAAUGAUAAGGAAGAUGAUAAAAGAAAGUAUUAUUUGAUGCUUGAUUUAUUGGUAAAGUUAUGUAAUCCAAAGGAGUUAUUGUUGGGUUUGCUUGAACUGAUUGAAGAGCCCUCUGGAAAACAGAUAUCCCCAGUUAUUCUUCUUUUACUUCAGCCGUUACAAACAGUGAUCCAGAAACUUCGGCACAACAGGGCCUAUUCAGUGGGAUUGGCAUUGUCUACCCUGUGGAGUCAGCUCUCCGUCCUCCCUGUCCCCUACACACAGGGGCAGAUGCAGGCAGAUGAGUACGGCCUUUGUCAGUGCUGCGAGGCCUUAGUGGAGUUCACUAAGCCUUUCGUGGAAGAAGUUACUGGUGACGAAGAAAACUCAGUGGAAAAUGAAAAAUUAAAGGAUGAAUUGCUGAAAUUUUGUUUCAAAAGCUUGAAAUGCCCUUUGCUGACAGCGCAGUUCCUGGAGCCGCCUGAACAAGCUGAUGCUGACCCUCUAAGGCGUUUCGCAGCUGAAAUAAUAGGAUUUUUAUCAGCAAUUGGAUACCCUUUCCCCAAAGUGAUUUUUAAUCAUGGAAGGAAAAAGAAGACUUGGGAUUAUCUUGAAUUUGAGGAAGAAGAAGACAAACAAUUAUCAGACUCAAUGGCUUCUCUGGCAUACCUAGUAUUUGUACAGGGCAUCAGUAUUGAUCAGCUUCCGAUGGUCUUAAGCCCAUCAUACCUUUUGCAGUUUAAUAUGGGUCACAUUGAAGUCCUUUUACAAAGAACAGAAGAGUCUGUUUUGUCCAAAGGACUGGAUCUGUUGGAGAACAGUUUAUUGAGAACAGAAGACAGCAGUCUGCUCCACCAGUGCUUAGAAAUCAAGAGUUUCCUUACUGUACCUCAGGGCUUAGUCAAAGUAAUGACACUCUGCCCCAUUGAGACAUUGAGGAAAAAGAGUUUAGCUUUGCUUCAGCUGUAUAUUAACAAGCUGGAUUCACAAGGCAAAUAUACGUUAUUUAGGUGCUUAUUGAAUACAAGUAAUCACUCAGGUGUGGAAGCCUUUAUUAUUCAAAAUAUCAAAAAUCAAAUUGACAUGUCGUUAAAGAGAACACCUAACAAAUGGUUUACAGGGCCACAGCUGAUCUCCCUUCUCGAUCUGGUACUCUUUCUCCCAGAGGGCGCUGAGACAGAUCUCCUGCAAAACUCAGACAGGAUAAUGGCCUCAUUAAAUUUAUUGAGAUAUCUGGUUAUCAAAGAUAAUGAAAAUGACAAUCAAACUGGAUUAUGGACAGAACUUGAAAAGAUUGAGAAUAACUUCUUAAAGCCACUCCAUACAGGACUUAAUAUGUCAAAAGCGCACUAUGAAGCAGAAAUUAAAAAUAGCCAAGAAGUCCAGAAGUCUAAAGAUCUUUGUUCUGUAACAGUAGGUGGAGAAGAGAUCCCUAACAUGCCUCCUGAAAUGCAGCUUAAGGUCUUACAUUCAGCUCUUUUCACAUUUGAUUUGAUUGAAAGUGUUCUGGCUCGAGUAGAGGAACUCAUUGAAAUAAAAACAAAGUCUACCUCUGAUGAAAACAUGAGAUAAAGUAAAAGCUUCAUCUCCUAAAUAAAAACUGGUAAAAUA